AUGAAUGUUCCCGCUGGUCUCAAGUCAAACAAGGCGAUUGCCCCGUAUAUUUCGCGCUCCAUUGAGUUGGAAUCAAUCAACCCUGUCAUUAGCUACUACUGUAAGAUCUAUGUGUUGGAGUACAUACUCACAAAUAAACUCCACACAACUGAUAAAGACAUAGAAGCAUAUACGAUCUAUAUGCUUGAUGAAACUGAAUCAAUUAAGGCAGACCAGGAUCCGGAAAACGAAGGCUUACACAGGGCGCUUUCCGAUAAAAACAUCUCGCUCGGAAUCGUCAUGGAAUUUAGUUAUAAGAUCUUCAAUAGCUGUCUUGAGGAACUCUCGCAGUACGAUGGUUCCAAUAAAUUGCAAUUGAUUGGCAAAUUUAGGGCGUGCUUGAAUUUUAUGAAUUUGUUGUCUAUUUUUUACAAUAAGCCCGAUGAAAGAAUAGAAUGGGCGAAAUACACCGGCGGCAAAGCCAAAGAUCAUCUAGAAUUCGAGAAGUUGAAUAAGGAGAAGUUGAAGGUGUUAAAGUUCCGUUUAUCGCAGUUGAUUAAAGAUGAGGUCCCUUUGAAGAAGGUUGACGAUAAGGACCUCGAAGACGAAUUAGAGAAAGAAUUAAGAGAAAUAGAGCUGCAGGCAACUGCAGGAGCGGCCGGUCAGCUAAGAAACGAUGAAGAGGAGAAGGUGUCGGAAGUGUCUUCUAAGAAGGGCGAGUUUUCCCUUCCAAGCGCUCCCCAGUUUAUUGAUGAUGGGGAGGAGAGCAAAUCUGAAGUACCAGACACAAAAGAUGAGUUUUCCCUUCCAAGCGCUCCCCAGUUUAUCGACGACGAAGAAGACAGCAAAUCUGGAGUACCAGACACGAAGGACGACAUUUUCCUUCCAAGUGCUCCUAAGUUCAUCAGCGAGGAGAAGGACCUUCUCCCAACAGCGCCAAAGUUUAUUGAUACAGACGAGGGUUUACUCCCCUCUGCCCCAAAGAAUAUUGACGAAAAUCAGCCACACCUCCCAUCGGCACCGACAUUUCUUGAAGCCGAAGACGAAGGUAAUGAUGAUAAACAUAUAACAGAUAAUAAACAAGGCGCCUCUAUCAAUUUACCGGGUGCACCUCACUUUUUACCUGAGGACGACGAAAACGAUGUUAAGCUCCCAGGAGCUCCCCUGUUCUUACCAGAUGAUGACAUCUCUCAUAUCAAUAAGGACUCGUCUAUUAAAGUUUAUCCUCCUACAUCCAGGAAGCCCUCUGAUACUCCAAAGCCGGUGGUGAAGCAGCAACCGACCCCUACGCCUAGGCAUGUGAGCAGCCAUACAACCAAGGCAGAGGAUAUAAACGAGAUCAUCGAUAAGGCAGAAUUGAUUGCGAAGGUUCAAAAGCACGCAAAGUUUGCGAUCUCGGCAUUGAACUACGAGGACAUCAAGACCGCAGAGAAAGAGUUACUCGAGGGUUUAGAGUUAAUUAGGAACAUAAAAUAA